AAAUUUUCAUCCGCGCCGGCCAUUAUCAGUCGUGACUUUGCCGCAUGUGUUUUUGACGUUUUUUUUCUUCGAUAAAUUUGCUAGAUACCGCUAUAGAAAUGGCUCAGAGCAAAUUAAAUGACCUGGCCGGUAAAUUCGCUAAAGGAGGUGGUCCCCCAGGACUUGGAUUGGGACUGAAACUGCUCGCUUUUGGAGGUGUCGCCGCUUAUAGCAUUUCACAAUCUAUGUAUACAGUUGAAGGUGGUCACAGAGCCAUCAUCUUUAGUAGAAUCGGUGGUGUGCAAAAGGACAUCUACACAGAAGGACUGCAUUUCAGAGUACCAUGGUUCCAAUACCCUAUAAUCUAUGAUAUUCGUUCUCGACCAAGGAAAAUUUCUUCUCCGACUGGAUCUAAAGACUUACAAAUGGUCAAUAUCUCACUCCGUGUCUUAGCUAGGCCUAACGCUGCUCAACUGCCGACGGUGUACCGUCAGUUAGGUUUAGAUUACGACGAGAAAGUUCUGCCUUCCAUUUGUAACGAAGUCUUAAAAUCAGUCGUGGCCAAAUUCAACGCAGCGCAGCUUAUAACCCAGAGACAACAGGUGUCGUUAUUGGUCAGAAGGGAGUUAGUCGAGCGGGCGCAAGACUUUAAUAUAAUUUUAGAUGAUGUUUCCAUCACGGAUUUGUCAUUCGGUAAGGAUUAUGCCGCCGCUGUAGAAUCUAAACAGAUCGCUCAGCAGGAAGCACAAAGGGCUGCAUUUGUAGUCGAGAAGGCGAAGCAGGAAAAACAGCAGAAGAUCGUUCAAGCCGAGGGAGAAGCUGAGGCUGCAAAGAUGUUAGGAGAAGCCAUUGGGCGAAAUCCAGGAUACUUGAAGCUGAGAAAAAUCAGGGCUGCACAAAAUAUUUCCCGAACGAUUGCCAAUUCACAGAACAAGGUCUAUCUCAGCGGCAACGGAUUGAUGUUGAACAUUUCUGACAAAGAAUUCGAUGAACAGUCAGAGAAAUUAAAAAGUGAGAGUGACUAUGAGUCCCUACCGGCUAAAGGCUCAAAAACAAUCUUAACCUUAUCCAAAUUUGCUGCUGACAGAAUAUCGCCUAAAAAUUUUCAUUAGAAUGAAAAUGAAUAA